GAGCUCUAUGGCUGGCUAUGAGUGGCAGUGGCAGCAGGGACAUUGAUAUGAUCCAUUCCCAUUCCUAGCACCGAUGAGAACAGGGAAAGGGUGUUGAUGGGAUCAGGCCGAACUGGACUCGAUCCUCCUGCACAGACUACGCCGAAGUCCAGGGAUACACAAGUUUCUAACAAACUUGGGAAUAUCCUCCAACUAUGCUCAAAACUCCAAAACGUUCAAGGCUACAACAUGGCGGUAGUGUCAACCAAUGCACAGCAGAAUGUGGUCUCCCGGGUAGCUAGCCUUCCGUUGGUGAGUUCGACUUAUGAUAUGGUUUCCUCGGCUUAUGUCAGCACAAAAGAUAACCAUCCCUACCUGAAGUCUGUAUGCGAGAUAGCAGAAAAAGGAGUGAAGACCAUCACUGCUGUGGCCGUGACCAGUGCUCUGCCUAUCAUCCAAAAGCUAGAGCCACAAAUUGCUGUUGCCAACAGCUAUGCUUGUAUAGGACUGGACAAAGUGGAAGAGAGGUUGCCCAUUCUGUAUCAACCAACUGAUAAGGUCGUUGCUAAUGCAAUGGAUGCGGUUGUUGGAGCAAGGGAUGCUGUAACAAUCACUGUGACUGGUGCCAAGGAUACUGUUGCACAAAGAAUUAAUGGAGUUGUUGACCUGACCAAAGGAGCUGUUCAGGACAGUGUGGAGCUGACCAAGUCAGUUGCCAUCGGUAGCAUCAACACUGUCCUGGGGAGCCGGGUGGUGCGCCUUGUGACCAGCGGAGUGGAUAGUGCGCUCAGUCGAUCAGAAACUCUUGUAGACCAGUUCCUCCCACUUACAGAAGAAGAGCUGGAGAAAGAAGCUACAAAGAUGGAAGGAUUUGAAGUUGAAAUUCAAAAGCCAAGUUACUAUGUUCGACUAGGAUCUUUGUCUUCAAAGGUCCGAUCACGUGCCUACCAACAGGCCUUAAGCAAGGUUAGAGAUGCUAAAAUCAAAAGCCAAGAGACAAUUUCUCAACUUAAUUCCACGGUUAAUCUGAUCGAAUAUGCCAGAAAGAAUAUGAAUAGUGCCAACCAGAAACUCCAAGAUGCCCAUCAAAAGCUGUACAAUUCCUGGGUAGAAUGGAGAAAAAACACAAGCCAAAAUGAUGAGGAUGACUUCAAAAGUGCUGAGCACAUUGAAUCACGCACGCUGACGAUUGCACGGAAUCUGACUCAGCAGCUUCAAACCACCUGCCUCACAUUGGUGUCAAGUAUACAGGGUUUGCCACAGAAUAUCCAGGACCAGGUUCAUCACGUUGGGGAAAUGGCAGGCGAAGUCUACCGAAGCUUCCGGUCAGCAUCUUCCUUCCGUGAAGUGUCUGACAAUCUCAUUACCACCAGUAAAGGGCAACUGAAGAAAAUGAAGGAAUCACUGGAUGAUGUGAUGGAUUACCUUGUAAACAACACGCCCCUCAACUGGCUGGUUCCAGACUUCACCAUCACAGACUUGUCUUCUGAAUCUGACGAGAUACCAGACAUCUUGGCUUUGGAUGAGGAAGGACAGCCUGACUAUUCACGCACAAAUGGCCCAGUCAUCACAGGACAAAGGGCGGAAUAGACUCCAAGCACAAAACAGACUAUUCUUUCAGUUUAUACUAUGUUCAUGCACACUUUCUAACUUACCUGCCUGCUUUUUGGAAUGAAAUUGUUUAGUUCUUGUUGUUUGUAUCAUUUAGAUAAUCUUUUUUUUUUUGACUUUUCAUUAUGAUGAAAGACACACUGAUUUAACAUUUUAGCAGGGAUAAAAUACCAUUUUGUCCUCUGGAAAACUUGUUCAUAGUUGAAACCAAAGCAGCUUUUGGUCUCAAAUAUCCAUUUUAGCCUAUUUCACAAUUUGUCCUAGAACAACACCAGCAAUGGCAAACUGUCGCUCGAAGAUGAAAGCCUGUCUAAAUGAAUGACUAUCCCAUUUUUUUCUCUUACCACUUCCUUGCUCCUUAGUUGACAGAUAGGAGCCCCCAGAUGGCGUAGUGGACUAAGUGACUUGAAGGUUGGGUUGCUGACCUGAAAGCUGCCAGGUUCGAAUCCCACCUGGGGAGAGUGUGGAUGAGCUCCCUCUAUCAGCUCCAGCUCCAUGCGGGGACAUGAGAGAAGCCUCCCACAAGGAUGGUAAAAACAUCAAAACAUCCGGGCGUCCCCUGGGCAACGUCCUUGCAGACGGCCAAUUCUCUCACUCCAGAAGCAACUCCGGUUGCUCCUGACACGAAAAAAAAAAAAAGUUGACCGAUUGAUCUAUUUCAAUUUCCAUUGUCAUACCUGAUUGUGUACAAUAUACUUUUAAAAGAAGUCUACUUUGGGUUCCAAAGAUAUGGCACUAUUUUAUUUUCUGACUUUGGCCCCAUCUACAUUGCCCAGUUAAUGCAGCCCUAAGCUAACUUGAAACUGUGGUGGCUAUAAAAUGCACACCACCAAUGCAUACUGCAACAUUUUUAUUUUUAUUUCCAACAUUUAUAUCCCGCCCUUCUCACCCGAAAGGACAUGGAUAUACUACGCAUUAAAGAAAGUUACAGGAAAGUGCAAGUUAAACUUUUUAAUGUGUUAUAGGAGAUGCCACAUAUUUCAAUGUGGAGCACAUUGUAAACAGCAGUCCUUGCUGAAGUGUUUUGUAGAAUUUGCAAUGAGGGAAUUGCCAAAAAUGCCCCAAGGAUAUAGUUGGCUAGCAAGGGGAAAAUUGACCCCCUGGAAGAGGUAAUUGAUUAUCUCAAUUCUUGUUAUUUUCACCCUUCUUUCCACCUCCUAUGCUUCCUUAGCAUCUCUCUUGGAAAUGGGGGAAAUAAACCUUCCAAACUGGUUUCAAGCUGCAGUAAAUGGUCAGUGUAGAAAGGCCCAAAUCUUCCAAUAUUGCAGCAAAGCACAAGCUAGGUCUGUUAGUAAAGUAAUAAACUUCAAUGGAGACUUCAAACUAUAGGUUACUAUCAUUCAGGGGUGCACAACCAAUUGCCAUUGGCCUUUUCCUGGACAAUCCUGAAAGCCAAGAGGUUCCCACCACAGUUUUUCCACAUGGGCUACAUGGAAGAAAAUGAAAAUGUUACUCAUUGACUUUCAGAAUUGCUCUUUUUUGCCACAAAUAGGGACAGAGAACUCAUAAGUGGAUCAUCUUGCUGGACAGAAGAGACUUUCAUGUCCUCACAUACAACCCUAGGUCUCUGCAAGCAGGCAAGGAGUGUUUAAACCUCACCAUCACUUCAUGCUGGAAUUAGUACGUGCUAGACUUCCAAAUCCAGCCGACACUCCUCUUGUAGUCUAGAAGAGUCGGCCAUAAUUCAUCAUUCAGUCUUAAAAGGGAAGUUCUUCUAUAUGUAACAAUUCCCUGUGAUAGAAAUAAGUAUGCUAAGGAGGCUAGAUCAGAAUUGUUCUUUCUUUACCUGUUAAUCAGGAAGGAAGAGCAUGAAAUCAUGGGAAACCCUACCAGAGGUAAAAUAGUCCAGUCCAGUAACAGCUUUGUGAUCUCAUUAAGAAUUACUGUAUAUAGGUAAAGGUAACGGUUUUCCCCUGACAUGAAAUCUAGUCGUGUCCGACUCUGGGGGUUGGUGCUCAUCUCCAUUUCUAAGCCGAAGAGCCGGUGUUGUCUGUAGAUGCCUCCAAGGUCAUGUGGCCGGCAUGACUGCAUGGAGUGCCAUUACCUUCCAGCCGGAGCAGUACCUCACAUUGGUAUGUUUUCAAACUGCUUGGUUGGCAGAAGCUGGGGCUAACAGCAGGAACUCACCCCACUCCCCACCGACCUUUUGAUCGGCAAGAUCAGCAGCUCAGCGGUUUAAUCCGCUGCGCCAUUGAGGGCUCCCACUGUAUAUAUUCACAUGUAAAUCUAGAAAUUUUGUCAAAAAAUCAUUCCCCCCCCCCAAAUGAAUCUACUUAUCUACAGGUCAGUGUAAGUAUUGUACCUUUACUCUUAUCAAAGAGGGAACUACCCACUUCUUGGAGUAGAGGGGUGAAAGGCAAGAGCUUUGUUUAGUGAGAACCUUUAAAAAGUACAGACUCCCUUUAAUUUCACCACUAUGGGGCCAUUUUUGGCCUUUUUGAAUGCCUGGACAGGGAAAUGGUGGUGGUAGUCAGGGGCAGCUGGUCCCCUUUCACACAAAUAACAAAUGUAAUAACAUGCAAGAGAAGAUAGGAAAGGAAUAUGGAUGUGAAUGAGAAAGCUUCUCUGGAUGCUAUAUAUAUCUACUUAGCCCACAUUUGUUUCAAGAGGUAUGUAUCAUUGGUCUAAUUUGCCAACUAAUCCCUAAUUUCUUUGUACAAAUAUAAAGAAAAAUAAUAAUCAGACUUACCUAGCUGAAUACUAACAUCAAAUGUUGCAUCCUGUUGAAGAUGUCACUUCAAAGUUAUUAACAGUUUUAUUAUUAUGAGGACGUGGGGAUAUUCUCUGGUGCUAAUUUAGUAGAGUAGGUUCACAAAUCUGGAAUCAAGAUACUUUCUAGCAUGAACUGGACAACUCUACUCUAAAAUAAUGUCAGAUGUAAUCUUGCUAUUUCUAAGGACUAGUCACUGAAAUGCCUUGCAAAUAAAGUUUGAGCUAUAUAAUUUGA